AUGACAAAUCUCAGCAAUGGCUCCUCCACCUACUCACAAUCCUUUCUCCAGAUUCCACCUGUAAAAUUUACCAAGCUUUUCAUCAAUGGAAAAUUCCUAGACUCUGUUUCAGGAAAAACGUUUGAGACUGUUGAUCCAAGAACAGAGGAAGUGGUUGCUGAAAUAGCAGAGGCUACCAAAGAAGAUGUUGAUAUUGCUGUGAAGGCCGCACGUGAAGCAUUUGAUUCUGGUUCAUGGCCACGCAUGCCUGGUGCUGAAAGAGCAAAGAUUAUGCUGAAAUGGGCACAGCUAAUUGAACAGAACGUAGAAGAAAUAGCAGCAUUGGACACCAUUGAUGGAGGGAAGCUAUUCAGUUGGUGUAAGGCUGUGGAUGUUCCUGAAGCCUGCAAUAUCCUUCGUUACUAUGCUGGCGCUGCUGAUAAAAUUCAUGGAAAUGUUUUCAAAACAUCUCGUGACCUCCACUUGUAUUCUCUUAUGGAACCUGUUGGUGUUGUUGGACAUAUUAUCCCUUGGAAUUUCCCCACGGUCAUGUUCUUCGCCAAGGUCGCCCCGGCCUUGGCUGCUGGUUGCACCAUGGUCAUCAAGCCUGCUGAGCAAACACCUCUGUCAUCACUCUUCUAUGCUCAUCUUGCUAAGCUGGCUGGUAUCCCAGAUGGAGUGCUCAAUGUAGUACCUGGAUUUGGCUCAACUGCAGGGGCUGCAAUAAGCUCACAUAUGGACAUUGAUGCGGUCAGUUUUACAGGUUCAACAGAAACAGGUCGUAAAAUAAUGCAGGCUGCGGCCUUGAGCAAUUUGAAACCUGUUUCACUUGAAUUAGGAGGAAAGUCGCCAGUUUUGAUUUUUGAUGACGCUGAUGUAGACAAGGCUGUUGAUCUUGCUCUCUUUGGAAUCCUACACAACAAGGGAGAAAUCUGUGUUGCAUUCUCUAGAGUUUUUGUCCAGGAAGGGAUAUAUGAUGAAUUUGAGAAAAAGGUAGUGGAGAAGGCUAAAACUUGGGUAGUGGGAGACCCUUUUGAUCCAAAAGUUCAGCAAGGACCCCAAACUAGUAAGGCACAAUUUGACAAAAUUCUUUCCUAUAUUGAGCAUGGAAAGAGUGAAGGAGCCACCCUGUUGACUGGGGGUAAGCCAGUGGGCAACAGGGGAUACUACAUUGAGCCAACCAUUUUUGCCAAUGUUAAGGAGGACAUGCUAAUUGCACAAGAGGAAAUAUUUGGACCUGUGAUGGCACUUUCUAAGUUCAAGACCAUUGAAGAUGCAAUUAAGAAAGCCAACAGCUGCAAAUAUGGCCUAGCAGCAGGGAUUGUGACCAAGAACUUGGAUAUUGCCAACACUGUAUCAAGGUCCAUCCGCGCAGGCAUUAUUUGGAUCAACUGCUUCUUUGCAUUUGAUAUUGACUGCCCUUUUGGAGGGUAUAAGAUGAGUGGAUUUGGAAGGGAUUAUGGACUUGAAGCACUUCAUAAAUAUCUUCAAGUUAAAUCUGUUGCAACUCCUAUUUACAAUUCUCCUUGGCUUUGA